CUCGUGCAUCAGUCAAUCAAUGCGAGUCCCAGUCGACAAAAAAAACCCCUGGCUGGCUGAUGAUUGUCCUAAUCCACGACGCCCCAUCCACCAACUUCUGCCAGCCAGCUAGACUCACAGCCAAAUAGACAGAAAGCCCUCACGAGCCAGUCAAUCCAUCCACGACAUCCGCCCUCAUCCCUUUCCCUCCUCCCUCCCUCUCUAUCUGCUAGUCAAGGCCGCCUCCGGCUCCAGCAGCCGACUACCCACAUGUGUGUUAUCCCCCAAUCUGCCCCUGGCCGUGCGGCACUCGCUCCACGGCUCGCCGAAGCAGCACUGGCCCAGCUGGUGCGGCGGCGACACGGCAGCAGCUGCCAUGCUGCGAGACAGCGGCGGAACAACCUGCUGAGGCGGUGGGGGUGGUGGUGGUGUUGCUGGCACUGUCUGGGGGCCAUAGCAGCAUUUGCCCGACAUGGCUGCCUUGGGUGCAGGGGGCGGAGGGGGCGCCAGAGGCAUGAUUGGGGGGAAGCGUUGAUGCGGGCCGGUCUUGAGCAGUGGAAUGUCCUCCGGGCGGGCGUAGAGGGACAUGUGGUGGAUGGCGAAUGGCUGCUGCUGCUGCUGGUUGUGGCGGGCCCCCUCUCCUCUGAAGAGGUCGCUGAGGCGCUGUCCGCCUUUCUGCUGCUGCUGCUGCUGCUGUUCCGACAGGACCUGCUGCAUUCUGUCGCUCAUCUGCCGCUGGUACUUCUUGCCCUUCGUGGCCGCCUGCUCCAAUACCUCGUGCGCCUUGGCCAGACUCUGCACACAACGCAAGCAGGGCAGGCAGGCAGACAGACAGCCGACAGAAGACACAGACAGAGAAGCCAUGUCUAUCUGGAUGAAUGCGUGUCGGAGCGGUGGGUGUCUUGGUUGCCUCGUUGGUGAGAUUUCUUUCCAAGGUGAUCCGGCCGAUUUGACCGGUUAUGGCCUUCUGAGUCUCCAUCAGCCUAUGCACAAGAGACACACACACAUAUCCGUCAUGUGCAGAGAAGGAAAUGGUCCGAUCGGCCGGUUGGCUGACCGGCGUUUGUCGUUGGUGAGGUGCUCGAUGGUCGAUUUGGCCUCAUCCAGUGCCACCUUCUGCUCAUGCACCAAACGACGCAGCCGCUGGAUUUCUGUCCACACGCAGUACACACAAAGAAGGACUGCCAACCCUCCCUUCUCCCUCUCGCUGCUGGUUCACCUUCCUGUGCCUUCUGCAAAGGCGAAAGUGUCUCUCCUGUUCCUUCGUCCCACAGCUCCACGUCGAGGUCGAUUUUCUUGCCGGUGUCCUUCUCGUACUUCGCCUGCAGGCCAUUGCAGAGAGAGAGAGAGAGAGAGAGGGAGCACACGGCUCGAUGACCAGGUCGCGGAGUGAAUCGGGCCUCUUCUUGGCGCGUUUGAUUUUACCUGAAGGUAUGCUACGUGCUGCCGCAGGAUGUCGCUCUCACGCUCGGCCUCCAUCUUGGCGCUGAUGUGAUCCUGCAGCGAAUGGGCAAACGCCUCCUCAUCUGACAGACAGACAGACAGAGGAGAGAAACGUCUCACUCGGCAAGAGGGACUGCUGGUGCCUGGUGCUUUAAUCACCUUGUGAGUGUCUCUUCUCCAGUUCCCUGAGCACACACAACCACAGAGAAAAAGACAGGAGUGCCGUGUCGGAGCCCCGGCCGCCGUGGCCUCCCGGGAUCUGCACCGCGUGCUCGUCGCUCACGCAUAUUUCUUUUUCAGAUUCUCAGGCGCCUCUCCCGGAGCAGGGGCCGGGUCGUUCUUUGGUCGAGGAGUGGCUUUGCUCUUGGGGCUGCUGGCCUUGCCGCCAGACCCGGUGUGCUUUGAUGCGGGCGAUGCUUUCUUUGGGGCUAUGGCUUUCGAGGCGGGCAGCCCUCGCUCUUUCGUGGCCAUCGUGAGACCGGAAAGAGGAGGGAAAGGGAGGAGGGGG